UUCGACCGAAUAUUCGAUCCUAUAAAAGGCAAGGUCGGAGUAAGUCGUCAUUCUCGAUCGUCCGUAUCUUCUAAAAAAUUGCUCUCUGCGUGGUGCCCUCUUCCGUCUUCGCUGUCUGCAGAUGGCUUCAUCCACUGUCAACCGAUGGUUGAGGCCCGAGGUUUAUCCAUUGUUUGCGGCCGUAGGGGUAGCUGUAGGGAUUUGCGGAUUCCAGUUGGUGCGCAACAUAUGCAUCAAUCCUGAAGUCAGGGUGAACAAAGAAAAAAGGGCUGCAGGUGUGCUGGAUAACCAUGCAGAAGGAGAGAAGUACGCCGAGCAUUUUGUUCGGAAGUUUGUCCGCAACAAGUCUCCAGAGAUCAUGCCAGCCGUCAACAAAUUCUUUACAGACCCAAACUAAUGUGUUUCUUGAUCAUUGAGGCUUGUUUUCAUUGUUUACUAUGCUAGUGUGGGAAUGAUUUUGAUUGAAUUAGAAAUUGGGACCUUUGAAUAUGCUUUACACUCGUAUGGUAAUGGUACAAGCUUGAAUAAGUUUGAUGGAUACACUUGCCAUUGUAUGUUUAAAACUGAAGCAACUAUAUUGAUAUAAUUUUCGUUUGAUA